CAUCAAAAGCGUCCACUCCUCUCGACAGGACGUAGACUCAUCAACCAGUGCCUGACUUUUGCUGCCCAAGAUAUGGACCCGUCUCACCUCGAGUCCCAUCCCUCUGGCCAGAAGUCUGAGCCUGCAGGCCUAGACGUUAGCUCCACCAGCCCUAACUGCUUCUCCUCAAACCAAGGACUGGAUUCUGUCUAUCAAGAACUGGACCUGGACUCCCUGAACGAAGAUCUUUCUUUGUCUGUUUCAGAUGCCAUGACAGAGACCUCUGCGUCCACAAAUGAAUUCCACCUAGCUUCAGAACCAGAUCUGACGGAGGCUGAGCAAAUGGAGCUCAGAUCUGAGCUUACUAAAUUGGAGGAAGAGAUCUUAAGCUUGCGUGACCUGCUCGCAGCCAAAGAGAAGCGGUGUGGCGAACUCAAGAGGAAGUUAGGCUGCGUGGCCUUGGUGGGACUGAGGCAGAAUCUGUCCAAGAGCUGGCAUGAUGUUCAGGCCUCCAACACCUACAUGAAGCAGAAGACUUCAACUGCCCUGGCCUCGAUGGGUUCUGCCAUCUGCAGGAAGCUUGGAGACAUGAAGAAGUCGUCCACGUUCAAAUCUCUUGAAGAGCUGGUGGGGACAGUCAAGUCAAGAGUCGCGGGUGGCAGAGAGCUCGGCAGUGGCCUUCUUCCUUCACCAGCGAGUGGCAGCGAUCCACACUCGGUUCUGGGGAGUGGAUAUGAAACUGUUUCAGGGCUUGAUGAUCAACUGUUUUCUCUCCUGAAGCCAGAGUAAGCCCUUUGUUAGCCUUGCUUAGCUGCCAAACCUGUAUAUAUAGCCCUUCUUCCGUCAUCAUACUUGCCAAACAAAAACAAGCAAACAAUGAACAAUGGUAAAGCUAUUAUAAUUCUGGACAUAGAUACAGUCCAGUUUUGAUAACAAGAAUACCCAUUUUGCAUAGAUAUUUGCUGCUCUUAAAUGGGAAAGAAGCCCAAGUUUGAACUAGUUAUUAAUACUGAAGUUUGUAGAAGAAACAUAUCUCUAUGUUAGCUUUUCUGUGGUUACUUUUAAUGGACUCAGUAAUGGCUCCCAGGGAUCUUAGACCAGAUCCUAAACUCUUUGAAAGAUUAGUCGAUUAGAAGGCCAACGAAAUUUCUAUCUGGGAUUGGGAAAAGGUGGGAAGUAACCUGGCUAGAUAUUCUGCAAGCACCAUUUUCUACAAGCACCACUUGACCUACAACCUUUAUUGUAGUGCAGUGUUGGGGAUGCAGUCCAAUGAUUCACAUAUCCUGUACAAAGUCUCCUGAGCUACCUCCCUGUCACCACAGCUUUUAUUUUUUUAAAACAAUCAAGAAAACUGACCAUCUUAAAGCUGCCGGGAAAGAGAAAACAUAUUAGCCACUAAUCGUUACUCUAAAACUAUACAUUUUAUAAAACUUUCAUUUUUUUCAAAGUGGCCAAUUCAGCAAAUCGACUUAGCUUUAAUUCGGGAGAUCACGAUUUUGGACUCAAAGUGAAAACGCUAAUUUACAUUACCUGUACAUUUUCUCUAUUUGAAUAUUAAAGUUGUGCUUUAAAGUUUCACCCUUGAGGCGGCGUGUCUCUACCACCAGCUGCAUCUCAUUCUGCAGCAGUUGCCAAUUAGUAACCACCUUCCGCUAAGGGACAGGAGGGAUACAAUGUGUCCAGAUUUAAGAACUAUAAGCCUCCACCCACCUCCUCUUAAACCUUUUGAAAAGAAUACCAGUCCCCUGUAAUGCUGACUGCUAUGACUUUGAACUAGCCUUAUGGAAUACACAUCACUCUUCUGGUUGGCUCUAAACCUGCCUGUUUUUAACCUCAACUCGGAAGGAAGAACCCAACCCCCCCAAGAUCAAUAGGAAUCUGUAGGAACUCAGUUUGAGUUUGUUCAAGCUUUCUUAUGUCCCACUUCCACAGGAACUGUGUUUUGUUUUUGUUCUAUGUUUGUGUUUUGUUCCUUAUUUUCGUCUUUUAAAAUCCCCAUCCCAGCAGCUUCCUUCUUUCCUCCCACCACACUGUCUGAAAUAGGAGCUGGUAUAGCCUUGAAUGGCAGCCGUCCACUGUUAGCUUGGGUACAUUUCAAUAACCUGUCAUUGCCUACAAGUGCUAGUACCCGAUCCUGUGUUGCUAUUUCUUGAAUGUUUUUCUUACAUUCCUUUUGUUCUCUAUAGUGAAACUAAAUACUGCUGUCAAUAUAGAAGAUCUCGGUAAACUGUAAAGCCAUUGAAAAAUCCCAGCCCUCGACUGAGUCCCAAAGGCCAUGUCUUGCUUGGAUUAAAACA